AUGCCUCGAUCGCGAAGCUACACUGUGUGCCAGUUUUGCAACGACUCUUGGAUUUACAACCACAAAAUCAAGCACCGCCCGUUUUGCAGAUGUGGGCAACCAUGGCCUUUGCAAGAGUCGCAGUACACCCAGGAUUCGGACCUGGGGUCGUACCAAUGGUCCCAGAAGCGUGCCGUUUUUGCUAAGCCGACCAAGCCUGCAAAAACCCAGCCAUCCAAGGGCUUUAAGGGUGUGCAGGUCCUUGGUGAGCACUGGGGUUCUUUGCCUGAAGCAGUGCAGCAGGUGCUCAAGAAGAAUGGGCUGGCCCCACCGGAGCCUGCUGAAGAUGAAGACCCGCUGCUUAAGCUGCUCAUGCAGCACAAAGAAGCCCUGCCUGCCGAGAUCAAGCUCGAGCUUGACAAGAGGGACCCGGAGCCUUUCGAAGUUGCGCUUGCCACCCAGGACGCUUUCAAAACUGCAGUUGGAAAGCUACGGGAGCUUGGCCAUCGCAAGUUGCUCCUGCAGCAACGAAUUGACAAUGCAAAGACUGCCUUCACUGCCUUGCUUUCGCAGAUGCAAAACUUGCAGGCGGAGAUCAAAGACGCUGAGCAAAAGGUUGAGAAAGUUGGAGGUGACUACCAUGAGAAAGUGCUUAAGACGGAGGAUGGCACAGAUCCUAUGGAUGUGGAAGCGGUUUUGGGACAGCUUGGAGUCCAGCUGACCCAGGAGCAGCAGGCCACCUGGAAGGCCAUCCAGGCCGAGCAUGCUUCCAAGCGGAGGAAGGCAGAAGCACUGGAUUCCCCCCCGGGCCUUGGUGUUGGGGAGCUGUUAGGCACUGACGCCGCUGACUGGUGCACCGUUUUAAUUUCGCAAGGACAGAUGCUCAUCGAUAAGUGGGCUAAGCACUUUGCAGUUGAGCAAUUUUCCGUUCCUUUGCAAUAUGCGUGUGACGUUUUGACCUGGUGUGAGGAGGUUUGUACCUUCCUUGCUCAGGAUGAGUGCGCAUCUGAACUUCUCAGGGUCCCGGCUGGUCCAGUUUUCGUUGCUGGCCACCUUGUGGGUGGUACGAUCGGCAGUGCCCUUGCCUCUGUUUUCCAUGAGAUGCCACUCCCACCUUUUCCCACACAACAACCGCCUCGAUGCGAUGAACCGGCUUGGGUCUCACCCAGCCGAACUUUCAAACCGGCGUCCCCUUGCAAGGCUUCCCCCUUGAAGACCUCUGGGCCCAAGUACUUCUCCAGGGCCGUGUUCGAUGAUGCAGAUCAUGUUGUGUCAUCCUUGGACACACUUGAGGCCUCCCCUAGUCCCAGGCCCCGGAAGAGCACCAUGUCGAACCCAAGGCCCAGUCAAGCCAACAAAAAACAGGUUCAGGAGUGGAAGGCCCUCCUACACAUCCUUGAGGCGGCACCUGUGAUGGAUAUGCCCGCCAAAGAGGCUGAUCUGCUCCAGUGGAUUGAGGACUUUGGCGGUCAUUAUGAGUCAGGGUCUUUAGAGGAAUGGACUUUGAACCGUAUCUGCCAGCUCCUUGAGCAAUCCAAGGAUGACACCCUGGGUGUGAUUGAGGCUGUUGACGCUGUGCUUGCUGGCUUCUGUAAAAAGGGAUCAGAUAGCAAGCUUCUGCUGAUUGGUCAGGCCAAUAUCACCACCUAUCGAAGUGAGAUUCGAACUUGGUUGGUGGAUCGGGAUGAGUCCUUUUGGCUUUUGCAGGAGACACAUGUCACUGAAUCAGACACCAGAGCCCUGGUGAACAAAUUCCAAUCUGUUGGAAAGCAAGCUUGGGCGGGCCCUGCUGCACCGACCCAGGGAGGAUCUUCAGGGGGCCUCCUCACCCUGGCUCCUUCCCAUCGCAAUGCGGCGACUGGCCCGGCUUUCCUCUUGGAUGGCAAAGGGUUUGUGUCGGUUUCAAUUAGGUUUAGGGGUUGGGACCUCCUCCUGGUCAACCUUUACCUCCAGUCCGGUGUGGGCCCGACCGGAGGGGUUAACCCGGAGAUCCUUAGGAGGUUGGCUGCGCUCCUUAGCCAAACCAGCACGCCCUGGCUGGUUCUUGGUGAUUGGAACUGCCCUCCUGAUGAACUCCUACGACAUGGAUACCCUACCAUGGUUAAGGGCCGGUUGGCGGUGCCGACAAGCCCCACAAUCAAUACGGGGGGAACUUUGGAUUAUGCGUUAGCGUCGGCCAAUCUAGCGCCGGCCAUUACACUUACUCCUUGUUGGGACGUUCCGUUUAAACCCCACGCAGCGGUUACCGUCGAGCUGAGGCUUGAGGUUGUGGACCUGCCUCUCCGGCAACUGAAGGGAUUCUCCCUUGAGCCAACCGCAUCAUGCCCUGAUGAGUUGCUUCUCCCUGAGGCUCAAGCACGUGGUUUGUGGGAUACCUCCCAACCACUUGACCAUGAGUGGGCUUCCUUCAGUGCUGGGGUUGAGGAGCAACUCUUUUCUGCUGCAGCGGGUCGUGGGUGGAAACUGGAAGACACGUUCCUUCCCCUUGUUAAAACCAGCAGCCCGGAAAAAAAUUUGGAAAGGCUCGAGGCCGGCCUUUUGGCAGUCCUUCCUCCUCUGGACUUCGAAAGCACUUGGAAGUAA